UUCAGAUCCUUCAUGUUCUUGAAGCUGGGAGCAGCGCAGGAAGCGUCCACGUGCUGGCGGUGUGUGACAGUGCUGCUACCUGUGUCAGGGUAACAUGAUCUCACUUUCACCUGGUGGCUUAUGAAAGCCACUUAAAAGCCAGACCUGGGAGGUGAGAGAUUCAUUCCCACCCUCUCUAUCCAAAUGGUCUUUGUGGCCUUUGCAGUGUGAGAUGCAUUAUCUGAAAAAGAUUCUUGCAUGAAUUCUCCUAGUUGUGAGCUGUUGCUGUUGUCACAGUCAUCUUCAGAAAAACCGUGCUGCAGUGAAGGCAUCUUUUCCACCUUGCAGCUCAUGCUGUGUUUAAACAUUUAUUGACAGUGCAUGUUACUUCCAGUUUGAAGACAAGGUGUUUCAAAUGCCUGGUUAACAAAGGACUUAAUUUCAAAAACUUUCAAGCGAAGAUUCUGGUAACUUACAGCUUUUCUCUCUUCAGAAUCUUUCAGGCUUUAGGUUUCGUUGGUCUGUGAGUGUAGAAGACCCAAAGGAAGAACAGAAGCCCAAUGGAUCAGCUCCAGUCUGCUUAGCCAAAGCAUUCCUCACAUUGCUUUGACUCCAAUCCUGUGAGAAGGUAAAAAAGCAGCCUUGUGAAGCUGAUGUUUCUGGUGCUUCAGCAAGAAUGUUGGUGAUUCGUUUGUCAGUAGUGAUCAAGCUUUUCUUCCAGCUGGAGGCAUCUGUUUGUCCUGAGAAAUGCGACUGCUCUUUCAAAAAUGCGAUUCAUUGCUCUGGUCCUCACAUAAAAGACCUGGAAUCAUUAAAUCUUCCUUGCAAUAUGACAAAAAUUCACAUAACAGACACUAACGUAACGUACGUGCGGGAUGUUUUUGCUGGGAUGGGAGAACUGCAGCAUCUCAUCUUGUCUUCAAACAACAUCGCUCUGAUUUCACCACUGGCAUUUAAAGGCUUGAGAAGGCUGAAGGCCCUCAAACUGCUAGAUAACAAUCUGGUUGAACUUCCUCCAGAAGUGUUCAAUGACACAGUACAACUUCAGCAACUGAUCAUUGAAAAUAACAGGCUGAAAUCCAUCCAAGAGAAUCUGUUUGACAGACUAAGCAGUUUGGAGGAGCUUUUCUUGAACAAAAACCAACUCAGAACACUUCCCAGUGGUGUGCUGAAGAAACUUGCCAAACUCAAAGUACUGAAUUUGUCAAGAAAUUCUUUGGCAGUUCUGCCUAGAAAUAUAUUUAGUGCAUUAACUAAGCUCGAGAAGCUGAUGCUGUACUUUAACAGGCUCUCUUCAAUAGAGUCUGGUAUAUUUGAUAGCCUGAGGGAGCUGCUGGAACUCUUUCUGCAUUCCAAUGACAUUCAGUCUAUUGCCCCUGAUGUAUUUCAUCACCUUCAUAAACUUAGAAGCCUAACGCUCUCCAGAAACAAGCUUGAGAUUUUGCCCCCUGGGCUCUUUCUGCACUUGCGUGAUCUGUCUAAACUGACCUUAUAUGGGAACCCACUGAAGUCUCUUCCAGAAGUGUUGUUUGGAGAAAUGAGGAAUCUUGGUAGCCUGUGGCUGUAUCACACAAAGCUCUCAACGAUACCAGAUUUUGUAUUCAGUAACUUGACAAAUUUGGAGCUUCUUGUGCUGAGUUUUAAUCCGGAGCUUAGUGUUCUUCCUGAGAAUGUGUUCAGCGGUCUGAGAGAACUGCGCGGCCUUUCUCUGCACACAAAUAAUAUUUCCAGUCUGCCAGAGGGCAUCUUCCAGAGCCUUCAGAAACUGCAGAACGUUUCCCUUUUCAGUUCCAGGCUUCAAGUCCUCCCAAGAAGCCUCUUCCAUAAUCUCAAGCACCUCCAGAAAGUUUACCUCAAUAGUACUGAGCUGCGGUCUCUUCCUGAAGAUCUAUUUACCACUUUACCUGAGCUGCAAGAAGUCUACCUUGAUGACAACCCUUGGAAAUGUGAUUGCCAAAUUCUUGGCUUCCGAGAGUGGCUCCAGAGGAGCACAGAGGUCGUAAAAGAAGCACAGUCUCUAAUGUGUGACAGCCCACUCUCAUUAAGGAACAUUUCUCUUCUGGCUCUAACAGAUCACCAUCUGAAGUGCCUGCCAACCACAGCCAUUACAUACCAGAUGUUCAAGUCAACUUAUUCCCAGACUUCGACUUCUCUUAUGAUGGAGCACUUGAAAUCAUCUUGGGAGACAACUGUACCAGCAGUGUCUGACACAGAUACCGGCACACCUACAUCGGUUCCAGGUGUAAGAGCAGCUCCAGGUUUUACCUAUUCACACAUUGAAGAUAUUGAAGGCUCUGGCUCUCAUUUCUUAGAUGUUCCAACUCAAACUUCUCCCAACAUCAUAGAAACCAACAGCGUCAGAAGAACAGUUGUGACUACUCUUGCCCAGUGGGACGAAUUACCUGCUUACAGGAGUACCCAGCCCUAUUUUAAUACCAGAAUUGUUUGUUGUCAGCUGUUCUUGUGCCUUCACAGUUUGAUUUUAGCUCUCCAGAUUGUCAUCAUUCUGCUCAGUCUGUAUGUGGUGGUUAAAACCAGGCAACUCUUGCACUCCAGACAUGUUCCUGCUCAGCCUGUAGUUCUCAUAAAAUUUGUAAAGAAAGGAUUAGAAACGUUGCAAUGAAAGCAUUUUGGACAGUUGGCUUGGUUCUCCACAGCAAGGACCAUGAACACUUUGUCUCUACAGUAUAACGAAAAUGUGCUUUUAUCUACGUUUGCCAAAAGUGACUGCAGUCACUGCACACUGCGAUGGCACUUGGUGUGCAAAACACAGAUGGGGAGCUGAAAGAAAAUCCACGUCCACCUGCACACACAGCUCUGCACUUCAGUCAGUGUGCUGCCGCCUUCCUGCAUUGCACUGCUGCCCUGCCCUGGCUGCUGUGCUCACACCACGGCCGUGGAUGCGGCCCCUCCACGUGAUGGCUUGUGAGAGGGAGCUCUCCGUGGGUGAGGAAAACAUGCAAACAGCACAGGGAGGUUUACACGGGAGCACAGCUUUAACUGUUGUUUAAAGGUUGCCUGGAGUACUCCAAAUAUUAUUAUGCCUCACAUUGC